GUUAAGAGCAAGGCUUCCUGUACUGAACCGCAGUAACUGCCUCUUGAGGAGUACAGUGCAUGGAGGAGAUGGGCCCGGGUCUUCCGUGGUGGCGAUAUUAUUACAGGCUGAAUCAGCGCUGCUUCUGAUGCUGCGUUCAAGACACAAUUUUUAACCUGGCCAGUCCGUGUAUUCCAGGAUGUCUGAAGGGGAACCAGCAGGAACCAGACUGGUCUCGCUGGACUUUGAGAUCUUCGGUUACGUUCAAGGAGUCUGUUUCAGAAUGUAUACGGAGAAGGAGGGUAAGCGUCUGGGUCUGGUGGGCUGGGUGAGGAACACCCCUGGGGGGUCCGUGGAGGGCCAGGUCCAGGGCCCGGCUCACAUGGUGGACCAGAUGACGUUGUGGCUGAGUAAAACAGGAAGUCCGACCAGCCGGAUCACCAAAGCCUCGUUCACCAACCAGAGAAGCAUCGACCAGCUGGAGCUCUCGGGCUUCAAGACUCGCUUCUGAUCCACGAAUCAAACGCACCCCCGAAGACCAGCUGGAGCUCUCGGGCUUCAAGACUCGCUUCUGAUCCACGAAUCAAACGCACCCCCGAAGACCAGCUGGAGCUCUCGGGCUUCAAGACUCGCUUCUGAUCCACGAAUCAAACGCACCCCCGAAGACCACCUGGAGCUCUCGGGCUUCAAGACUCGCUUCUGAACCAGGAAUCAAACACACCCCCGAAGACCAGCUGGAGCUCUCUGGCUUCAAGACUCGCUUCUGAUCCACGAAUCAAACGCACCCCCGAAGACCAGCUGGAGCUCUCGGGCUUCAAGACUCGCUUCUGAUCCACGAAUCAAACGCACCCCCGAAGACCAGUUGGAGCUCUCGAGCUUCAAGACUCGCUUCUGAUCCACGAAUCAAACGCACCCCCGAAGACCAGCUGGAGCUCUCGGGCUUCAAGACUCGCUUCUGAUCCACGAAUCAAACGCACCCCGAAGACCACCUGGAGCUCUCGGGCUUCAAGACUCGCUUCUGAACCAGGAAUCAAACGCACCCCCGAAGACCAGCUGGAGCUCUCUGGCUUCAAGACUCGCUUCUGAUCCACGAAUCAAACGCACCCCCGAAGACCAGCUGGAGCUCUCGGGCUUCAAGACUCGCUUCUGAUCCACGAAUCAAACGCACCCCCGAAGACCAGCUGGA